AUGCUGUUUCAAGCAUUGGGUUACGAGUCCAUCUGGAUCUACACGAUUUCACUGAUCGUGAUGGUGAGCAUGGUCGUCACCCUCGUUUCGUGUCUCUGCUGUCGACGGAAACAAGAGAUCAAGAAUGACCUUCUCGGUCUGGAAGGUAUGGUAAAGCUUACGAAUCCCGAGGAGAUGCUGAUGAACUCGGGCCACUCCACGGCUGGCCACGCCGCCGGCAAUGGUGCUGCGGGAUCUUCGUCUAUAGGUUGCGAAGUUCGAUCGAGUACCGGCUUUGGAUCGGAUAUUGAGACCAGCAAUAAAAGAACUUCCAAUGCACCGCAUCGCAGUCUUCCGGAUAUUCCAAUUGCGGAGCCACCGGGGGAUAACAACUCAGAACUGUACGCCACGGUGGGCGAUAAAGUGCAGGACUUGCCGCAGGGCAGAAGUCCCACCACCAGUUUAAAGAAACAAACAAGUGUCUCCCAGCACAGUUCUAUUAGCCAGGCGGAUGAUAUUAGCUCUCCUUACGCGCGUGUUCGAUCACCACCCCAUGCGUAUGACAAACUGCGCCGAAUGGAGCAUCCUUAUGCACAGGUGACCCAACCGGGAACGAGCAGUGGAGCGGCCGGUCUGGGUAGCGGUACAGCGCUUGGUGGUCAAUCGGGGAAGACGAAUCGUGCAAAACCGCGGGACGGUGGUGCCGACGACGAUGACGAAGAGGACGAGGACGAUGAUGAGCUGAUGAGUCCCAUCUCGCGCCGCGAGUCGUCUCAAAAUUUAGAGGAUCGAGAUGCGUCGACUGUCGAUAUUCCAGCAGCAUCGGCGAUUGCGGGACGUGUGUCGGCUAGUCAAGAUCUGCCCUACAUGACGCCACCAAUUGUUCAACCACCAACACAGCACUUCAGCGGUGAUUCUCAAGACUCGUCCAAAGGUUACACGAGCAUAAGUGUGCGAGAACCGUUAGCGAACCUCUUACCACAGAACCAUCCGGGUGCAGGGGCUGCCAAGCGCCGGCAGAUACUAGGAGAUUCACACUACGCGACCGUGUCGGAUGAUUCCGAUGAGAUGUACGCCGCGAUUGAUGAUCCCAACAAUGCGGGCGAUCUCUACACAAGUGGCUCCGAGACGUACGCUCAGAUUCAACCGCCGAACGCGGUGACGGUGUCGGUUGAGAUCAAUACUGGUGCCUCCAGUCGUCCUCAACCCCAUCCGCUGCAAGCAUCGACGAUGGCAAGUGAUACUCUAGACGCUGGCCCGGGUGGCGCCGUCGCCGUCGGGUCUUCUGCCGCAAUGAAUCGCCUUAGCAAUCACAGCACCAUGACCACGGCUAGCGAUGAGCAGCAGCAUCAUCUUCCACCACCGCCAGCGGUUAGCACGACGGCGCUUGAAGGUGGUCUACGGGCUCAAACGUUCGUUCAACAUUCGCGCCAGCCAUCGUCUUCUAGCUGUACGAGCUCCGUGGGCAACCUUGGGUCACCGAAGCCGGAAAAACGGCAAGCAAACAGCCCGCUUCCUCCCACACCAAAGACACUCAAACACCAGACCAACAGUUUCUUCAGCAAUUCUAACCAAUCGGUGGUGUUGGUUAGUGAGACCGAAAGUGGCCUCGCGAAUGGUUCGAUUAGCGGAGGAGGUGGCAGCAGCAAACCGAAGAAAAGUCCCUCCAAAGACUUGGAAGGAAUGUACGCCAAGGUGAUGAAGAAAAAUAAGCUAUCGAAAGUGCCGUCCCAAAAUGCGUCUCCGGUGCCGCUGCGCAAAGAUGGUUCGAUCGACGAGCAGCAACAUCAACAGCAACUGCAGCAGUUUCUAGCUGAUUCCGAAGCCCUCAACGGAGGGGUGGGUAGCCGAAUGGUGGGUUUCGGAAAGGUGCCCACAAGCGUGCGACAUAUUGACACAAAGUACGAUCCCGGCUACGAUACGAUCCCGGGAGGUGAUGAUGGCUUAAAAAAGCCAUCUAGCGGAAUGGUUGGAAGAUUGGCCGACAGUCGCAAAGCGGCCGAUUAUGCAAAGAUUCAAAAACGAAAUGCCGCGCCGAACGCGCAAGAUGCGGACAGCGAACCAGGAUAUGAGAGUUUACCGGGAGGCCACCAGCAUGAUCCGGGGUACGAAACGUUAAACCGAUCCCAUCGGGCCGAAUCGGAUUCAGAUCCGAACUACGAAAUACUGCGUCCAGCGAACGUGGCAGGUGGCCAAACACUUCCAAACACAGUAAAAUCGCCACCGAGUGACUCAACCCGUGACAGUGACGGGUACAGCAGCAUACGAGAGCCAAUCGCUGGACGAGUGGUUGUUAAAGGGCCACCGGGAGGAAGUGCUCGCAGUCGGUUAGAGUUUAGCGGAGCCAAUCACCCACCUGCGGACGAUGACGCAGAUAGCACCGGGCCGGGAUACAGCAGCAUACGUGAAGAUUACGAUCCGGGUUACAGUGUAAUUUCGGAGCGAAAAAAACCGCCCCCCGGCCAUGAUUAUGCGAGCAUCACGGAGGAUACGAAAAAGCGGAAACUUAACAUCAACAACAAUAUCGAACCUGCCGACGACGAGUCAGACAUUUACUCGAGUAUUCCGCAUACCGCAUCUGGCACGUUAACGCUUCCUUCUCCACUGCUCACGUCAUCGUCUUCGGUGGUUGUUAGUCCCGUUAGCGGUGCUGGGAGUGUGGGACCCACCGUGGACGGUAGCACUAAUUACUGUACCAUCCCCGAACGGCCGGGCCGCGAUGGUACCGGGGUAGCAGCGGGAGGCAACCUUUCUUCAUCGCCGGGUUAUUCGAGUAUUUCGGAAACACGCACCACACCUUCGUCAACCGACGGCGACGGCAGUACUAGUUCACCCGAUCAACCGAUUGGUUACGGUAAGCACAACAACACUACGAGCGCCGCCACGACAAACAACAGCUUGAGCCGGAUAUCGAGCAAUUACGAGUCAUUAACGGGCAGCGAAUCCGAUCCCAACUAUGAAUCUGUCAAGUAUCUCAACGUGAAAGAGAACCCGUACGAGCGGCUACACAACGAAGCAGGGGGAGGUGUGGCAUCCGAUCCACUACGCAAAUCUGUCACCGCUGACUCGUUGACUACCGACUCCGAUACGACCACGCCGACACCGAGUACGGUAGCUAUGGGCAGCGCUGCCGACAGUCACCCUAUUGCCCCUACCAGUGGCACUCCAACGGACGGCAGUGAUCCUGCGGCCACCACCACGCCACCCGUCAGUGAUUACUUCCAGGUCUAAGUGGCUCGGUUCGUGCUCCGUGCGCCACGUGUUAGGUACGGGAGCAAACAUUUUUUUAACCAACACAACUUGCUUGGAUGAUCCGACUAGAUUUGUGUGCGUGCGUGUGCUGUGUAGAAAAAGCCUCGCAGUAGGCUGUACGAUUGCAAGGAUAUUAAUAUUUAUAGCCACCAUUUUUAUGGCGAGUAUACUUUUGGCACACGAUGUUAUGCGUUUGUAUGUUGUUCCUUUCGAAAAUUACGCCAGUUUGUACGUAAAAUAUAUACGCCCGUGAUUGUCGCUUGGUCGAUCUGUCGACAUACGAUAGACAUAAAAUGUGAGCGCAGUGGAUACACUUUAGCGGCCAAAACCGAGUUUCAAGAUUUGGUACAUGUUGAAACAGCACAUUCGACUGACUGAACUGUCGACCUGCACGAUAUCCCACCAUAGCGAGAGGCGAAAAGAAGUGUACGAGACGUAGAAUACGCGUUGUAAUGGUGCGUGAAUAUUGGAAUGUUUCUCGGAACACUCCCAUACGAGAAAACAUAGGUUUACCUGUCGUGGCAACAGAUAGCAUCGUCUAGCCAAUGCGCAAUGCGUAUUGUGUUAUUUCGUUGCCUAUUUCAUGUUUUGCAUUCCCCGCAUUGCUCUUCCUGCUUGGGGCGAACUGGUUCCCUUUAGUUAGUUGCCUGUCCGACGAAACUAAAAGCCCUCGGUUGCCAGAGUGCCCAUUUAAGAAUUUAUCCUUCGGUUGGUCUAUCCACACAGAGCCUUACUAUGCUGCUUCGGAAAUCAAGAGAACAGGCAAAAUGCCGGCCAAGCCGUAGAUGUAGUCGCCUCAUUGAGCACGGAUUCUAGUACCGUAUUGUACCUAUAUUUAUUAACAACCCUGCCCAGUCCAGUAGUUGUAAUCGGGUUCUGUCCUUCGCUUGUUUCCUAAUGCCGUCGAGUAUUUUGUUUUAUUGUAUUUUACCCUUCAUCCAGUAUCGUUUCUGCCCUGUUGACCAUUUGUUAUGUGUUUUUAUAUAAUUUAUUCUGCUUUAUUAAUCUACUCUAUGCACCCCCCACAAAGCGCACAACAAGAACGAGCGAUGCAAAGGUGGUGCCAUUGCCUGUGCAUUGGUUGCAGUGCAUGGAGGUGCAUCGUUUAUCGGUAUAGUCCCAAUAUAAAAAUUCGUUAAAAACUCUUUAGGAUAGUGUUCCAUCGUCCGAAUUCGCUAUCUCGCCACAUUCCAAAUGGUGCGUUGAUAUACACAAGCACAGACGCGCGCGCGUACGGAAAUGUGCAGCUAUGGCGUCUAAAAGCGAUAAAACCCAGCGAAACUUGGAGGCAGACAAAGUUGUGUUAGCUGGAGUAGUUUUGUAAGCAAAACCAUUUUUGUUUUAUAACAAAAAGGCGCAAAAUGACGUCAAACUAUUAAAAGCAAUUGAAAUCUUAUACAAGAGAAACGAACCCCGUUGAAUUCAAAAGAAGGAACAAAGUGUUUACUGAAGUGAAAUGUAUCUAAACAUCGAAAAGAUCUUAUAAAAGCGACUACUUACACGAAACUAAAUCUUUGCUAGCCGGUGGUUUCUGUUCUACGAAAUUUGGCCAC